UAGAGACGGGGUUUCACCAUGUUGGUCUCGAAUUCCUGGAUUCGUGAUCCGCCACCCCACCUCGGCCUCCCAAAGCGGUGAGAUUACGGGCGUGAGCCACCGCGUCUGGCCAACACGUGGUAAUCUGAAGGGACCACCAGAGUAUAUGCGGCCCGCCUUCCACGGAAACGUCACGAGGCCCACGAUUCAAAGGCGUGCCUCAUUAAGUUACCGACAGCCCCAAACUCGCCCUUCCACGCCGGGCCUCGAGGUGCUCUGUGGACCUGCAGAGGCGUCGCGUGGACACCCGCGGUCAGACGCGACCCCAGGCCGCGCCGGCCCCAGAGGAAGCGAGCGCGAGUCCGCGGUGGUGGCUGGGCGCUCAGUGAAGACGCCAUUCCGCCACGAAAACGCCCGCGACGCCGCUGGCCCCUGCGCGGUGGGGCGAGGCGGGCUGGCCGGACCUGCGAAGCCCAACGAGCCCGGCGCCGGCUGGCUGUAGCCUUGCUCUGCCUCCCCGGCCUGGCCGCGAGGCUCCCGCGAGCCGGGAUCCACGAGCACCGGGGCCGACCCGACACUUGGGCCUCACACGGCGUGGGCUUUGGAAAGCUCCGGUGCGGCCGCUUCCCCGGAAGUCCCCCAGUGGGCUCCGGCCGCUCUGGCCCGCGCGCGCCCGGCUCGCUGGUGCCCUGGGCGGCGCCCGGCCGCUGGCGCUUCUCGGACGCUAGGGGGCGCGCGGCCGCGGUGGAGCCGCACUGGGCCGCGGCGGCUGCUCGACUGUUCUGAGGCGCGGCCCGGACGCGCGCCGCCCCCGCCUGCGUUCCCCCGGCAACCCGCGGCCGCCGCCAUGGACGCGCUGUUGGGCACAGGGCCUCGCCGGGCUCGCGGCUGCCUGGGCGCGGCUGGACCCACGUCUUCAGGUCGCGCGGUGCGGACCCCGGCGGCGCCCUGGGCGCGCUUCUCCGCCUGGCUGGAGUGCGUGUGCGUGGUCACCUUCGACCUGGAGCUGGGCCAGGCGCUGGAGCUGGUAUAUCCGAACGACUUCCGGCUCACAGACAAGGAGAAAAGCAGCAUCUGCUACCUGUCCUUUCCCGACUCGCACUCAGGCUGCCUUGGAGACACUCAGUUCAGCUUCCGCAUGCGCCAGUGUGGAGGGCAGAGGAGCCCCUGGCAUGCCGACGACAGGCACUACAACAGCAGGGCCCCUGUGGCACUGCAGAGGGAGCCGGCACACUACUUCGGCUACGUGUACUUCAGGCAGGUGAAGGACAGCUCUGUGAAGAGGGGCUACUUCCAGAAGUCUUUGGUGCUGGUGUCCCGCUUGCCCUUUGUCCGGCUGUUCCAAGCGCUGCUAAGCCUCAUCGCCCCCGAGUACUUUGACAAGCUGGCGCCCUGCCUGGAAGCAGUGUGCAGUGAGAUCGACCAGUGGCCGGCGCCUGCGCCUGGGCAGACCCUGAACCUACCUGUCAUGGGCGUUGUUGUCCAGGUGCGCAUCCCAUCGAGGGUGGACAAGUCCGAGUCCAGUCCUCCGAAGCAGUGUGACCAAGAGAAUCUGCUGCCAGCCCCAGUGGCUCUUGCUAGCGUCCACGAGCUGGACCUGUUCAGGUGCUUCCGGCCUGUGCUGACUCAUAUGCAGACACUGUGGGAGCUCAUGCUCCUCGGGGAGCCCCUGCUGGUCCUGGCACCCUCGCCCGACGUGUCCUCGGAGAUGGUGCUGGCCUUGACCAGCUGCCUGCAGCCCCUGAGGUUCUGCUGCGACUUCCGUCCCUACUUCACCAUCCAUGACAGUGAGUUCAAGGAGUUCACCACACGCACGCAGGCCCCACCAAACGUGGUCCUGGGAGUCACAAACCCUUUCUUUAUCAAAACACUCCAGCAUUGGCCCCACAUCCUCCGAGUCGGGGAGCCCAAGAUGUCAGGAGACCUGCCUAAGCAAGUCAAGCUGAAAAAGCCUUCAAGGUUGAAGACCCUGGACACCAAGCCAGGCCUCUACACCGCUUACACGGCCCACCUCCACCGCGACAAGGCGCUGCUCAAACGGCUGCUCAAGGGCGUGCAGAAGAAGCGGCCGUCAGAUGUGCAGAGUGCCCUGCUGCGGCGGCACCUCCUGGAGCUCACCCAGAGCUUCAUCAUCCCCCUGGAGCACUACAUGGCCAGCCUCAUGCCCCUGCAGAAGAGCAUCACGCCCUGGAAGACUCCCCCCCAGAUCCGGCCCUUCAGCCAGGAUGACUUCCUGCGUAGCCUGGAGCAUGCCGGGCCCCAGCUCACCUGCAUCCUCAAGGGCGACUGGCUGGGUCUCUACAGGCGGUUUUUCAAGUCCCCCCAUUUUGAUGGCUGGUACCGGCAGCGGCACAAGGAGAUGGCCCUGAAGCUGGAGGCCCUGCACCUGGAGGCUAUUUGUGAGGCGAACAUCGAGACCUGGAUGAAAGACAAGUCCGAGGUGGAGGUCGUGGACCUGGUUCUGAAACUUCGCGAGAAGCUGGUGCGGGCUCAGGGCCACCAGCUCCCUGUGAAGGAGGCGACGCUGCAGCGGGCCCAGCUGUACAUCGAGACGGUCAUCGGCUCCCUGCCCAAAGACUUGCAGGCUGUCCUGUGCCCUCCCUAGAACAGAGCCAAGGGCCACGGUCCCAGGGCCCUAGGUCUGCCUGAGCCUCCUGCUCCCCAGUGGUGGCGGCACUGGGCCAAGCACACGCUCCCCUUCCUUGGCCCCCCGCCCAGACUGCAGGCUCCCCUUCCUGCACCACCAUUGUCUCAGCAGUAAAGGCGACAUUUGGAACCACA